UGCAAAGUUGUUCGGAGUAUUACGAAAUACUCUUUACACCGAUACGAAAAAGAAAAGUACUGUCGUUAGUUAGAUGGAACAGGCUUUAAUCUAUCGCUCUUAUUGAUUGGUUAAUUAAACAAUUAAUUGCAUCGAUACCGUCCACUAAGGUUACGCAUCUGUUGUGAGGUUAUGAGGAGUGGUAAAAGGCAUACCGUACGGGUCAAUGUUCAUAUUUUAUAAUUAUUCGAUCCAUCGGUAUUUCGAACCUGAUCAUUUCACACUCUCUUUUCAUCCAUAUCCGAGCGUAGUUCGUUUAGAAUUUAUUUCAAUUUUGCUUAAAUAUCUGCAAUGCUUAAGAACACGGUAGCAUUAAUAACCGGUGGAGCUUCUGGUCUUGGUCGUGGAACUGUACAAAGAUUUGUCAAAGAAGGUGCAAAAGUUGUGAUUGCUGAUCUUCCUACUUCGAAAGGACAAGAGCUUGCUAAUGAUUUGGAAGAUCAGGCUGUGUUUGUACCAACCAAUGUCACUUUGGAAGAAGACGUAAUGAAUGCUCUAAAUGUAUCUAAGGAAAAGUUUGGCAAGUUAACUGCAGUUGUAAAUGCAGCAGGAAUAGCAAUCGCUUAUAAGACGUAUAAUUUCAACAAAAAUAUACCACACAAAUACGAGGAUUUUGAGAAGGUAAUUAAAGUAAAUACGAUUGGAACUUUUAAUGUAAUCAGACUAGCCGUUGGCCUUAUUGGUGAAAAUACACCUAACGAAAAUGGUGAACGUGGAGUUGUAAUCAAUACAGCGAGUGUGGCAGCAUACGAAGGACAAAUGGGACAAGCAGCGUACUCUGCCAGUAAAGGUGCUAUAGUUGGAAUGACUUUACCAAUCGCGCGUGAUUUGUCUAAACAGGGUAUACGUAUCGUUACUAUUGCACCUGGAUUAUUCGAUACACCGUUAUUAUCAGCUUUACCAGAAAAAGUACGCAGCAUUUUGUGCAAAAUGAUACCUUUUCCUCAAAGAUUAGGUCUACCCGAUGAAUAUGCGCAACUGGCACAACAUAUAAUCGAAAAUCCACUUCUAAAUGGAGAAACGAUAAGAUUGGAUGGUGCUCUCAGAAUGCCAGCUUAAGUCUAUAGUUUCCUUUUAUAUUCAAACGCAUGCUCUUUAUAGAUAAAGGGUGCAUGUUGGAUAGGGCUACUAUGAUAAUUAUUUUAUGAUAUAUAUAUAUAUAUAUAUACAUCUAUGAACAUGUUAAAUAAAACAAUUGUCUCUUAUACAUGCAA